AAAUUUCCGGCAGAGACUGCUGUUUUUGAUUGGCUGCAACUCAAACCUACAUGCAAAUCAGCCAACGCCAGCGACAAGGCAGGAGAUCAAUACAGGUUUACGGGGCACAGAGAAUGCAUUCAGCCCGUGCACGCUCAGGGAAAACCACCGCUGAACAAAGCCUGAAGAUUAUACCUUCUGCACGUCCACUGGCACUUCUGCAAACAGCAGUGAGGCAAUUAAGUUUGUGUUCUUUUUUUAUGAACCCAGAAUGAGCAACAAAGACGACAUUACGAAGUGUCCCCCAGCCCCGAUAUCCAGCUUCACCAUACAGUCCAUCCUUGGGACCUCGUCGAAGGAAGAACGCACAGGUUGCAAAGACAAUGCAAAAGUAAAUGCCAGGAAGCGAUGUUUGUCCGAUUCCUCGGAUGAAGAGUUAACCAAGGAAGGAUACAAAGAUCGAGACUGCUUCUGUUCCGACUCUGGCCCCGGAGAACCUUGUCGCAGACACCAGACUAUCAGCUACACGUGUGUGAAUAAUUCUAAAGGAGUUGGCACCGCGGGGCAGGAGAGCACGGAGAGGAGACAGCAGUACCUGUCGCAAGAUGGUCAGAUUUACAAGGAAGAAAAGGAGAAAAACUGCAUGCAGACAUCAUCAGAUAGACAGAGGGAGACGGACAGACAAGGGAAUCCGGCCAAAAAGAAGACUCGUACGGUUUUCUCCCGGAGCCAGGUCUACCAGCUAGAAUCCACGUUCGACAUGAAACGUUACCUGAGCAGCUCGGAAAGAGCUUGCCUCGCCACCAGCCUCCAGCUCACAGAAACGCAGGUCAAAACCUGGUUCCAGAACCGCAGGAAUAAAUGGAAGCGACAGCUCUCAGCAGAACUCGAGGCGGCCAAUAUGGCCCACGCGUCAGCGCAGACUCUAGUCGGAAUGCCUCUAGUCUUCAGAGACAACUCGCUUUUGAGGGUUCCCGUACCCAGAUCAAUUGCGUUCCCAGCUCCUUUGUACUAUCCAGGCAGCAACAUUGCAGCUCUUCCCUUCUACAAUCUCUACAACAAAAUUGAAUACUGACAUUUUCUGUCCACGUCUCUUUAUAAUUGUUUAACAAUUAAAGUGUAUAUUUAUAUAAUAUCCGUAUCUGUUUAAAAUAUAUCUUUCUUAUAUGCAAUCACUUGCAUAAUUAUAAAGACAUCGUGCUUCUCUAUAAAUUGUAUUAAAUAUACAGUGUAUAUAUGGA